GUGGAGUCGGGGUUCGAACAACAUUCUUCGGCGACUUUGCAUACAUGAUAGGGGCGUAUUGAGAAUCAAUUUGUCAGUGAUAAUGAAUGGUAGUAAUUGCGGAUUUGUAAUGGGAAUUGAAUCAAGGCUGCAGUUAAGACAUGGGAGGCUUCAGGAUGUUGAAAUAAGAAGCACCAUAAAACCCGAAGAGAGAUGAAUGAUCAAGACUCAGAACCUUCCCUUACACUACUAAUUCGACAUGUUCCCUCGAUAACUUCAAAACAUCUUUUGAUCUCAAAAUGCCUCUCAAACAGCCCAAGGUUGAGCCCCUGCCGCCUGGCAUCGACCUCACCAACAAAACAGCCAUCGUCACAGGUGCAACAGCCGGUAUUGGCCUCGAACUCUCCCGCCAACUUCUCAAUCUCAAUCUAUCGACUUUGAUCCUUGCAAUUAGAAAUGUCUCCAAGGGCGAAGAAGUCCGAAACUCGCUCUCUGCUAUCAAUCCCAAGGCAGUUGUCCAAGUGAUGAAGCUCGACACAACGGGUUACGCCAGUGUAAAGGCCUUCGCUGAGACGUUCAAGAGCAAACAUGGCAAACUUCACCUACUCAUGUUGAACGCCGGUAUAAGUGAUAUUAGUUUUGAACUUGCACCAAGUGGACACGAGAAGAACUUUCAGGUUAACUACCUCUCCAAUGUUCUUCUAACUCUGCUUCUUCUCCCCACUCUUGAGCGUACAGCAGAGCUUGAGGGCUCACCUACGCGCAUUACAUGGACAGGAAGUCGAAUGCAUUGGCAAACAAGCCUCGCUAGCAAAGUUCCUCUCAAGAAAGAUGAAGGCAUCUUUGAACACUUUGACGCACCUGGUGUCAUUCCCCCUCUCACCCGCUACGGCGACACAAAGCUUCUCGUUCUUCUCUUCCAACACGAACUCGCCAAUCGCUAUCCGCCCAAGAAAGUCAUCAUCAACCAGUUUUGCCCUGGUAUGGUCGAUACUUCUUUAACGGAUAUUCUGCCUGUUUACAUCCGGCUGCCGGCGCUGUUGCUUAAAGCUCUGCGUGCGAGAUCGGUUGACAAGGCAGGCUGGAUCGGAUUACAUGCUGCGCUUGUAGUGGGAGAAGAAACGCAUGGGCAGUUGUUGGGGGACAAGGAAGUUGCUGACUUGGGGGAUUUUGUGCCGUCGGAGGAAGGGAGGAGGAUUAGGAAGAUGUUGUGGGAGGAGACGGUUAAGGAGAUGAGAGGUUUGGUUGAGGUGCCUUCUUGGAUGGAAGGAUGAUUAGAUGCCAAUAUCACUUAGCUUUGCACUCCAUUUGAACUUCAUAG